UCUUUAGCUACCAGUGACCUCAUUUUUCUGUCGCUUAAUCUCCGGUCUUCGCAAAAAAAUGGUAUUUUGAAAAAUUCUCUCGAAUCUUAACGGGGAAAAAAAGGCUUAUUUAACGAUCUAUGUUAUUCUACCUCUUAAUUAAAAAAAAAUUCAAAGUUAACAACAAAACUCGACCGCACAAAAGAAGCCGGCCUAUGAUUACCAUAAAAGAACAAGAAACAAAAAAACAGCAUCGCUACCACAGGAAAGAAAUUAUCUGCCUGACAAAUUAACAAACAAAGAAUUCCCGGACUUCAUCAUCUAAUAUAUCCCUCUUUGAAAGAGAGAAGGAUGUUAUUUGAAGGAAAUAUGACGACUGUAUCUUGUAAGUCGAACGGUUAAAGCUCCCACCAGGUUCAGGUGAAAGGUCAGAUAUUCCUUCUUGAAUAUCUCAUCCGUUGUUGACAGGAAUCGUUAUUACUUAGUUUAGCCAUGUGCUGGCAAUGAUCGCUUACUUUUGUCUUCUUUACCGGUCAGCCAGACCGUGUUACACCACCUCUUUGGAAUCCAGUCGUUUAUGUGUAAAUAGUGAAUAUAUUGUUCUUAUUGUUGUUUAGCUAUUUUCAUCUUUGAUCAAACACAUUCCAGCCUUGACUUUCUCAUAUUUUUCCCAGGUAUAGACUAUCUAGCUAUUUCGGGAAAUACACGCUACCAUCUUAUUGUAAUUGCUAGCCAAUGUUCCGUCCCUAUUUCUAAGACAAUAGGGGUAGAUUUGGCUGUUAUUUCUUGCACGUAGAAGUUCCCUCGGUACUUAAACGAUGUGUUAUUUAAAAAGAGAAAGAAACUGAGACCAGAAGAAGCAGUGUUGAUGAAUUGUUUGUAUCAUGAAAACUAUUUCUAAAUGAAGAUGGAAUCAUUGAACUGUGUUAACUAAAAUAUACACUGCAGAAUUUAUAGAAAAUUGAAAACUUAUCUUGUCUGUUGAAAGUACAGUCAUAUUGUAAGUAUUUAAAGUUGCAUUGUUAGAAAGCAUAACAGUAUAAUGGAAGACUCUAUGGUUGAUGCAGAAGAGACAAAAUACUACUGUGAGAUUUGUAAUAAAAAGUUCUCAUGCAUUUCACAUUUUGAUUUACAUAAGCAGCCUCAUACUGAAGAGACACUAUAUCACUGUAAUAUAUGUAGUAAAACAUUUAUAUCUAAUACUUAUUUAAAGUCACAUAAACUUGUUCAUACUGUAGAGAAACCAUACAAAUGUGAUGUUUGUGGUAAAACUUUCAAAAGAAGUCCUAACUUAAAGAAACAUAAAAUUAUUCACACAGGAGAGAAACCAUUCCACUGUGAGAUUUGUGAUAAAACUUUCUCUCGAAAUGGUGCUUUGAAAUACCAUCUUUUAGUUCAUUCAGGAGAGAGGCCCUUCCGCUGUGAAAUUUGUGGUAAAUGCUUCUCAAGUAAAGGUGUAUUAAAACAACAUAUAGUGCUUCAUACAGGGGAAAAAUUAUACAAAUGUGACUUUUGUGACAAAGCCUUCUCCAGAAGAAAUGACUUAACAAAGCAUAAGAUGAUUCACACUGGGCAGAAACCAUUUUUUUGUGAAAUUUGUGGGAAAAUGUUUUUCAGUGAUUGUUACUUGAAGAAGCACAGAAUGAUUCAUACUGGGGAAAGUCCAUAUCAUUGUGACAUCUGUGGUAAAAUAUUUGCUUACAAAAGUAUCUUAAUGGACCAUCAACUUGUUCAUACAACAGAGAAACCAUAUACAUGUGAUGUGUGCAGCAAAUCUUUUAACAGACGUUCUACUCUAAAAAGGCAUAUCAUGAUUCAUACAGGGGAGAAACCAUUCCACUGUGAAAUUUGUGGUAAAACUUUUCCAAUUAACAGUGGAUUAAAGCAGCAUAUGUUGAUUCAUACUGGAGAUAAAAUAUAUGAAUGUGAAGUUUGUGAUACAUCAUUCCCUAGAAAAAGCGAUUUAACUAAGCAUAAAAUGGCUCACACAGGUGUGAAACCUUAUUACUGUAACUUUUGUGGUAAUACUUUCUGGGAUAACGCUGAUUUAAUAAAGCAUAAGAUGCUCCAUACACAAAAGUGUGAUAUUUGUGAUAAAGUAUUUGCAAAAAGUCAUAAUUUAAAGAGGCAUAAAGCCCUUCAUACUGGAGAGAAACCUUACAUCUGUGAAACUUGUGGUAAAUCUUUCUCGUGCAAUGAUUACUUGAAGAACCAUAGAGUGGUUCAUAGUGGAGAGAGACCAUUUAGUUGUGACAUUUGUGGUAAAUCAUUUUCAUUAAAAUCAAACAAAGAUAGACAUAGAAAGGUCCACACAGGAGAGAAACAAUACUACUGUGAAGAUUGUGAUAAAACUUUUUCAGAAAGUUCUACCUUGAAAAAACAUAAGUUACUUCAUUCAGGAGAGAGGCCCUUUCAGUGUGAGCUUUGUCCUAAAUCCUAUUUGUGUAUUAAAGACUUAAAGAAACAUUAUGUAACUCAUACAAGUGACAAAACACACAAAUGUGAAGUCUGUGGUAAAGCUUUCUGGUAUAAAGGUGACUUAAAUAAGCAUUUCAUAAUUCAUACAGGAAAGAAAUCUUCUUCAACCACACCAUUUUAAUUUUUGUCAUCCUCAUUGACGUGGUUUUCUUACAGUACAUUGACAUUUUAUCUCGAUUCAUUGCUAUCUGGUCUGUGGGACCCACAUUCUGAUAUUGGUUUCGAAUUUUAGCGCAAUGUCAGCGGUGUUAGGAAGAGGGCAAGCUGAUUGCAUCAAUCCCAGUCCUCAAAUGGUAUUUAUUUUAUCAACCCUGAAAGGAUGAAAGGCAAAGUCAGCCUCAGUGGAAUUUGAACUCCUAACAUAAAAACAGACUGAAAGCCAUUAAGUUUUUUGCCCAACAUGCUAACAAUUCUGCCAUUUCACCAUCCCACAUUCUGAUAUUACCUCUUCUUUCUAUUCUCCACUGUCAGCGCAUGGAAUUUUCUCAUCCAAUAUAUCCUUUUUAAAUAACAUCACUGACCCAAACCUGUGUAGUUGUACAUUGACUUGAUUUAUGCUGCUGUCCUCAUCCAUAUGCAUCACAUGACAAAACCAGCACAGUCUGCUCUUUUGCGCACUACAUCUAAUUCCUCUUAUGCUUAACUUUUCUCUCAAUAUACUUGCACUCUGUCACACAUGUACAUUGACAUUGCACAUCUAGUGGAGCAUACUAACUUCAUUCCUCUCUAGCUUGCUCAUGUCCUCUGUAUUCAAGGCUCAUAUCUCUCUACCUUAUAGUAUUGCUGUUCUUAUACAUGCAUCAUACAACCUUCCUUUCACUUGGAGGAAAGAACCUUUGGUUGCCAACAGACAAAAGUUCUCUCAGCUUUCUCCAUCCUGUUCUUAUUCUAAUGUGUGUGUGUUGUACUAUCAGUAGGAGUAAUUUUACCAAUAAAAUUACACGCUAGUUAAAUUUUGCUUCUUUUUUUGUUAUUAUUAAUUAACUAAUUAAACAAUUAUCUAGGCCAUUUCUUAUUCAAUCAUCUAAUUAGUUUGCUUGAGUUUUUUUCUUACCAUCCACUUCUGGUCUGUUACAGCCACAAACGAGAUACAUUGUUUUUUCUUCAGUACUUUUGAAUUUUGUGUGUUUAUGGGUGUUCAUUUGGAUUUAAGUGGUAUUUGUAAUCAUUAAUUUUGCUGUGGAGACUAUUUAUGAAAGUGAGGUAGAGUUCUACACUCGAUAUCAAUUAAAACUGGAUCUUUUCCUAAAACAAUGUCAAUGACUAGAUAGAUAUGAAAUAAAAAAAAACAUUUUACCUCACCAGAUUUGAUCAAGGCAGACUACCUACCAUAACCUCAACAGUAAAAAAAAAAAAAAAGAACCCCACUGAACAAGGGUAAUAUAAACUGACUCAGAGAGUUUGGAACAAUUUACAGUACAAACUUUUUCAAUUUUCUUUCUGCUCAAUCUCAUUGAUAUUCAAAGUUUUCUUUGCUUUCUGCAAGACCUUAAUUUUCAAGGAAUUGGACUGAUGCAAGAAGACAUGCAGAAAAUAACCUCAUCUACCAUAAGGCCAUGCUCAAAGCAAGAAAAAUUUUGAAAGUAACUCUUUUACAAUAUUUUAAAAUCAAUAAAAACAUUUCAUUUUCGUG